CCCGCCUAUAGUGUCUGGCGGGGCUGGAAAGGGGGCGGAGCUCAGUGGAGGGACAGCUCUGGUUUCGGACAAAAGAGGAAUCAGCUUGGGUGUCCUGCUGUUACUCGCUGAUUGGUGCCCAGGCUGCUUAUCUGAGUGUGGACAAUAUUGGACCGGAUUGAAAAAAGACGGGCUUUCAAAUCCUGCUUUUGGCAUUUAGUUCCUGUGUACUUUAUCUGAGCUCCUCUACUUAGAUCAAAGAUUUCUCCACUGAAAGCCCACAGGGCUUUUUGGCUCAGCUGAAGCAGAGGAGGAGGGGCACCAGCACUUCCUACACAGAAGAGUCCCUGAGGGCCUGAGGCUUUCUAAUCUCAGCUCAAAGUUUUGGGAAUCCUUAGACCGGAAUUAUGGCAUCAACUAUAAAUGGAGAGAACCAUAAUGUUAACUUCCAGGAAGCUCAAAAAUAUUUGCUGACGCAGCCACUGAAAGACAAUGAUACAGAGGUAUAUAAAAUCAUUAAGAAGGAAAAUAAUCGCCAGAAGACUGGGUUGGAACUUAUUGCUUCAGAAAAUUUUGCAAGCCGAGCUGUUCUGGAAGCCUUGGGUUCUUGCUUGAAUAAUAAGUAUUCUGAAGGAUACCCAGGCCAGAGGUACUAUGGUGGCACCGAGUUUGUGGAUGAAUUGGAGAUUCUGUGUCAGAAGAGGGCUCUGCAGGUCUAUGGCCUGGACCCACAAAGCUGGGGGGUCAAUGUUCAGCCAUACUCAGGAUCUCCUGCAAAUUUCGCAGUGUACACAGCUCUGGUGGAACCACAUGGGAGAAUUAUGGGUCUAGACCUGCCUGAUGGGGGUCACCUCACCCAUGGGUUUAUGACAGAUAAGAAAAAAGUCUCUGCCACCUCCAUCUUUUUUGAGUCUAUGCCCUAUAAGGUAAAUCCAAAUACUGGCUAUAUUGACUAUGACAAACUAGAAGAAAAUGCCCGCCUCUUCCACCCAAAGCUGAUCAUUGCAGGAAUCAGUUGCUACUCCAGGAAUCUGGACUAUGCCCGCAUGCGGAAGAUUGCAGAUGAUAAUGGGGCUUAUCUUAUGGCUGACAUGGCCCACAUUAGUGGGCUUGUGGCAGCUGGGGUGGUCCCUUCCCCCUUUGAACACUGCCAUGUGGUGACCACCACCACACACAAAACCCUUCGAGGUUGCCGGGCUGGCAUGAUCUUCUACAGGAAAGGAGUGCGCAGUGUGGACUCUAAGACAGGCAAAGAGACAAUGUACAAUCUGGAAUCACUCAUUAAUUCAGCUGUUUUCCCAGGACUACAGGGAGGGCCUCACAACCAUGCCAUUGCAGGAAUUGCUGUAGCUCUGAAGCAAGCCUCCACACCUGAAUUUAAGGCUUAUCAGUUACAGGUGGUUGCCAACUGCAAGGCCCUGUCAGCAGCCAUGAUGGAGCUGGGAUACCACAUAGUAACAGGUGGUUCUGACAACCACUUGAUCCUUGUGGACCUACGCAACAAAGGCACAGAUGGAGGAAGAGCUGAGAAGGUGUUAGAAGCUUGUUCUAUUGCUUGUAACAAGAACACCUGUCCAGGAGACAAAAGUGCAUUAAGACCUAGUGGACUGAGACUGGGAACCCCAGCUCUGACCUCCCGAGGACUAUUAGAAAAAGAUUUCCAGAAAGUAGCCCAUUUUAUUCAUGAAGGAAUAGAACUGACUCUGCAGAUUCAGAAAGACCUCGGUCCCCAGUCCACCAUGAAAGAAUUCAAGGAGAAACUUUCGGGGGAUAUGAAGUAUCAGGGGGCUAUCAAGGCCCUCAGAGACAAAGUGGAGAGCUUUGCAGCUGCUUUUCCUCUGCCUGGAGUCCCCGAUUUUUAAAAUGAGACUGGACACUCUUAGCAGUCUGAGUUUCAGAGCCAGACUGGAAAUAUAUUUAGCUUGAAGACUACCCAAGUGCCAAAAGCUCCCUUGUAAGAAAAGGAAAGCAGGAGAAUGUAUUAAUUGGGAGGCGGGGAGUGGAAGGUUAGGUUUUUUGGGGGGAGGGGGUUUCAUUUUUAGUGAUCUUUUCUAAUAUCUCUACAUUGAAAAAAAUUACCAUAUGCCAGUCACUGAAGACCUGGGUGUGUGCCUCCAAAGGAUGGUGUACAAACCAUAAAUCUCAGUUUUAAAAGUUCAUUAGUAGUCAUGUGGGGGAUACUUUACUAAGUAGUGAAUUUACUUUGAGUCUCACUUAUCUAAUUUUUGUGUAAGAUCAGAGUAUCCUAUAACCAUUCAGCCUUCAUUCAAAUGAACAACGAUGUAAUUUUAAAGUAUUACUUAAAUAAUUUUCCUUAACCUCUGCAGUGGUCAGUUGGCCUGCUCAUGACUUGUUGUGGCAGCUCAGAAAACACCCAUGUUAAUAGCUUGUAAAAGUUACUCAAUGUCAGUGUCACGUUGUUCAGCAGAAUGCCAGAAGAACUGAAUCAUGUCUACUUUAUUUGGAGGGGAAAUUAUUGUGAAGCUUCAGCUAAGUAUAAAAUUCCAAGCCUGACACAUUUGUAUUUGGUAUAGCAUUUAAAGUUAUAGUACCUUAUAAAUACUGUCUUUAAUCCUCCAUGCUCUGGAGAGAGAGGUGGCAAGUGUGACCCUAGUUUCCAGAGGGACAAAUCACAAGAGUGAUCACUUGCUGAGUUGUGGCACUUGGCAAUGGCACCCUUCUAUUCCAGUUCGAGAUAAUUGGUCUUCUCCCUACAAUCAGGGUACCUGAAACUCUGCCUUCCCAAAGAAACUAUUUUUUAAACAGCUGACUGCAAAACAGUAAUGACCAUUUUUAAUAAGCACAAUAAAAUUAACCACAGAACGUGACAAGAAUUAUAGCUUUAAAAAUACAACCAAAUUUGUAUUUCAAAAAUAUUGGAACGCAAAUAAAUUAACUUUUUUACAGUA